AUGGCCGACCCCGCGACCGAAAAAGCGACUAUAGAAGUGGACGGCGUGCAGUAUAGCACGAUUACAGAAGGUCUCGCGACAAUUCUGGUUCCGCAAGGUGCCAAGGUGGGAGAAGACGGUGGCCAAGUGCAGCAGGUUUUCUAUAAUCCAAUCCAGCAGUACAACCGCGAUCUCUCUGUGCUCGCAAUCAAGGUGUACGGCGAGGAAGCUCUAGAGAGGAGGAAAAAUCGCAAACAAACAAAGGAUGCAAAAUACGGAAAGAAACGCAAGAGGGGAGACGAGAAUGGCACCAAAGUGGAAGAGACUGAACAGCCGCCUGCACAGCCAGAGCAGCAGCCAGCUUCGGAGCCUGUUCCAGCAGCGCAAAAGAACGCUGGCAGCACAGCCAAGCCAGCUUUCAAAAUGCUAGACGCUCUUUCGGCCUCGGGCUUGCGAGCAUUGCGAUAUGCGCGCGAGCUCCCCUUUGUCACUUCCAUCACAGCCAACGACUUGUCAGCUUCCGCUGCCAAGUCCAUUAAGCAAAACGUCGAGCACAACGGCGUCGCGGACAUUGUUUCCGUGACAAAUGGCGAUGCUCUGGCAGUCAUGUACAGGACAAUCGCGGAUGCGCUUUCAAACAGCGAGAACGCCAAGUCAUGGAAAAAACCCGCCAAGUUUGACGUUAUCGACCUAGACCCAUAUGGAACGGCAGCUCCGUUCUUUGACGCUGCCGUUCAGGCCGUGCGUGAUGACGGCGGUCUCCUGUGUAUUACAUGCACAGAUAGUGCUGUGUGGGCUGGUCAUGCAUACUGCGAGAAGGCUUUCUCCCUCUACGGCGGCACGCCCAUUCACGGCAUGCACUCGCACGAGGCUGGUCUGCGGCUCAUCAUCAAUGCAGUGGCCACAUCGGCAGCCCGAUACGGACUUGGCAUUGAGCCGCAAUUGUCUCUUUCCAUCGACUUUUAUACCAAGGUCUUUAUCCGGGUCACAAAAUCUCCGCAAGCAGUCAAAUUCCUUGGCUCCAAGACAAUGAUUGUGCACAGCUGCGACAGCGGCUGCGGCGCUUGGGAAACCCAGUACCUCAUGCGAGCCAAGGCAGCACCCAAUAAAAAGGGAAAUGGGGCGUUUUAUAAAUAUGGCAUGGCUCUGGGAGCCGCAGAUCGGUUAUGCAAACAUUGCGGUACCAAGAUGCAUAUCAAUGGCCCCAUGUACGGUGGUGACAUUCACUCGCGGGACUUUAUCGAGAGAUUGCUCAAGCAAAUUCCCGAGUCGGACAAGAAAAUCUACGGCACUCUUCCUCGUCUACAAGGCAUGCUACAAAAUGCGCUAGAGGAGCUGAUACCUGGUCCCGAAGAGCCAGCUCCAGUCGAGCCUCGAGACAAGGAGUCGGCCAAGAUUGACCGUUAUCCAUUUUUUGUAGUGCCCGGAAAGCUUGCUAGUACUGUCUCAUGCGCGACACCAAGCGACGACCACUUCAGAGGAGCGUUGAAGCAUCUUGGCUACGUAGCGGGUCGCAGUCACUGCAGGCCAGGCAGCAUCAAAACCGACGCUCCAUGGUCGACGAUAUGGUGGAUCAUGGCGGAAUGGAUCCGGCAAAAGGCGCCUGUGAAAACCUCGAGGUUCAAAGCAGAUACAGCGCCAUGGAGACUUUUGAAGAAGCUUGGUAUCCUCGAGGCGCAGGGCGAUGCUGGUGCCGAUCUAGUCGAUGUCGAUAACCAGCCUGACGUAACCAUGGAGGGUGUCGAUGCGGAAUCAAACAAGGGCCAAGACGCUGGUGCUGAACAACCGGUGCCUCUGACAGAAGAAGACUUGAGAAAAACUAUGGUCUUCAAUGACGAGCUUGCCCAUCUGGGCCGAGAGGGCAAGACGCAGAAUCUUGUUCGCUACCAGAUGAACCCGAGGGAGAACUGGGGUCCGCUGACAAAGGCAAAAAGCAAUUAA